CAUCCAGGUGUGGAUCAGUUGUCAGUGAAGUAAUGUUUUGAAAAAUAUUUCCUUCAGAUACAACUCACAUUAUUUUCACAUCUUUUACACAUUAGUAAUAUGUACAUGACAUGUGUUCCUGUGUAAAUGUUUGUACUAUCCUCGGCUCCUCUUGCUGAGAGCGCAGUGUGCACAGUGUGGUGGUCGCAUUUUCAGUCUUUUUCUUAGUUUCACAUUUGCUACCUUAAUGGUGACAAAGACAAAGAAUACUGUAAUUUUGAGAGAUCUUGAGUAGUGUGCCCAAAUUACUAACAAAGACUUGUACAGUAGAAGUGUCAUACGAAUUCACAAAAAGAAGAAAAACACUUGCAUCAAAUGGGGAACUUUGAAAUGUGAUACAUGCUGGAGUUAUCCAAAGGCAAAACAGGAGCUGAACUAGCAAAAUAUCAGUGAUCAGGAUACGUGGACACUGUAGAGAAAUACUUCAAGCAUUAAGAAAUCAUGAGGUAAAUGAUGUAGAAAUCCAGUUCUGCAGAAAACAGCUGUCUAUAUUUAAUCAAGGCGAAUAAACAAGGACUUUAAACAACUCAUUCAUAAUUUAGAUUUGCAUACAUUAAACUGCUCAUUUUAAUCUUUUUAUUAAUAUGCAUGGUUGAUAUUGUAUAAAUAUGCAGCCUUAUGCAAAUACAAGGCACAUUUUCUGUUUGUAUUUAAUUCUAUUUCCCAGCUGUGGCUCAUCACAUUCAUUCAAGUCGAUGGAUUAAGUCAAAUAUUACAGCACAGCAUGGAGGAGUAUAAAUAUUUCUCAAUUAAAACUCAAAAGACCAUGCAACUGUAUCAACAUUAAAAAUGCAUAAUAAACGGGAAAGAGGCGGUUUUAUUUGUUAGACAAGACAGCAGGCAGUCUGACUACAUCAAUGAACUACAUUCUGAGUUUGGAGUUUGUUAUUUUCAUGAAACGAGCAGGCAAGCUAUGCAAUUCUUUUUAUUCAGGCAGUGAAACAGCUCAGACAAACUAAAAUAAUAUGUAUUUUCACCUCUUCAGAAAGUCUUCAGAAGGCUGGCUGAAUUUUGCUUUAGGCUAAAUGCCACUAAAAAUACUCUAUUACCAGAUGAACCCUCAAUGCGUAAUUGUAGGCUUCCCUGACUUGUGAUUUGUGAGGAGCAUUAAUUUGAAGAGUGGAAGUUCCUAAACCUGUUACAACACGUUUUACGCUUUAGACGACUAAAUUAAAGUAAAGGAAAAGUAAGCAGCAUAAAGUACAAGUCGUUUCAUACUACCCAACAGUUAAACUAGUCUUUCUUGUUGAAGUGUUAAGUUCGUGAAUAAUGCCAGCGCGCGUUCAGAGUAGAAGUGAUGUCUCUUUAAGAGAGGAACCCUUAGCUGAAACAAUUGUACAACCCCCAACAAGUCAUUGAAUCUGUCAAUCACUCGGUCGGGGCUCUUUGAUGUUGGUAGUCCUAGCCUUGUCUUCAGCUCAAAUGCACUAUUUGUUGCUGCCGGGGCUGCAUUACUUUCAACUUGCGAGGCUCCUACACAGCAUAACAACUUUUGUUUUGUGUCGCGUAUUCACGUGUCUCCUGAGAAGAGGAUACUAGCUAAGGAAAAAAGUUUUCACCCUCUCAUUGGUGAACGGAAACUGCUGCGUUUUAAUUUCUUUUUCUAAGCAAAAUGCCGCAGCUCAACAGUGGUGGGGGAGAUGAUCUCGGAGCGAACGACGAAAUGAUUUCCUUCAAGGAUGAAGGCGAACAAGACGAAAAGAUCCAGGAGAACGCUUUCACGGAGAGGGACUUGGCUGACCUCAAGUCGUCUUUGGUGAAUGAAUCGGAGAUAAAUCAGAACUCAAACGCAGCGGUGGUCAGGCGGGGACACCACCACCACCACGAUGAGCACAGAGUUUACCCAGAAAAACACAGAGAACAUCUCGAAGAUGUGUCGAAGCAGGAUGGGGGGAUGUACAAGGCACCGGCAUACUCCGGUUAUCCAUUCCUGAUGCUGACAGACCCAUACCUCCCAGGCGGAUCAGUGUCACCAUCUUCCAACAAAGUGUCUGUGGUCCAGCAGUCUCACGGGAUGACUCCUCAUGGGAUGCUGCUGCAGUACCCCAGUUCUGACCACUUCAACCCUAGCCCUGCACACCUGCCUACGGACAUGAGCCAGAAACCAGGCGUCCACAGGCACCAGUCCCAGGAUCUGUCCAGCUUCUACUCACUUGCCCCUGGGGGCGUGAGCCAGAUCUCCCCCUCCAUGAACUGGCAGCCUCAGCCUGUGUACCCGCUGUCCUCAUGUGGGUUCAGGCAGUCUUACUCCUCCAGCCUCCCCAGCAGCUCCUCCUACCCCAGGUUCUCUCAUUCUCUGAUGCUGGGACCCUCCGGUAUGCACCCCACAGGCAUCCCACACCCUGCAAUAGUGCCCCCUUCAGGCAAACAGGAACAUGACCAGUACGACAGAAAUAUGUAUGCCAAACCCCACCCAGAGCCCAAGAGAGAGAAGGAGCCCAAGAAGCCGGUGAUCAAAAAGCCGCUGAACGCUUUCAUGCUCUACAUGAAGGAGAUGAGGGCCAAGGUGAUCGCCGAGUGCACCCUGAAGGAGAGCGCCGCCAUCAAUCAGAUCCUGGGGAGACGGUGGCAUGCCCUGACCCGUGAGGAGCAGGCCAAGUACUACGAGCUGGCCAGGAAGGAGCGACAGCUGCACAUGCAGCUCUACCCCAGCUGGUCCGCCCGGGACAACUACGAUGCAGGCCUUAGAGGGGCCGGGGAGGAAAAGAGAAAAGCUGAUGGGGGAAAGAAGAAGAGGAGAAAACGGGAGAAGCAGCAGCAACAAGACCCCACCACAGACCCCGGCUCUCCUAAGAAAUGCAGAGCUCGCUUCGGCCUCAACCAACAAACGGAAUGGUGUGGUCCCUGCAGGAGGAAAAAGAAGUGCAUUCGCUACCUUCAAGGAGGACGGUGCGUCAGCCCCCAUUCUUCCGAUGGAAGUGCUAUAGACUCGCCCUCCUCCCCUGUGUACCCCUUCCAGCAGCCGCACUCCCCCAACCCCACCCCUCCACGCCCCCCCUCGCCUGCCUCCCCGUCCAGCGGCUCACCACCCAGCAAACGACGCCACCCCCUCCACCCCCACCCCAAACUACACGGACUGUCUAUUCAAACUUUAACCAGGCAACACAAGUUUCCGCCCCAAUAGUCCUGAGCCCCCCCCCCCCCCCCCCUCCCUUACCCCCCACCCACACUAAGCACCCAUGCCUCAAAAUUGCCCACGCUACAGCUGCCGCCACCUCCCCCCCCCUCCUCCCCCAACCCAAACCAAGGGGGGAAAGAUCAAGCUGCACCCUAAUGCAAACCACUCAUACCUGGAAAUGGCGAGGUCGCAAACCACCAGAGUGGCCACAUCACAGAUGCGUGUCAAGGAGGACCCAAUUAUACUCUGCGGUUAAGCCCGGGUUUCAAAUGACUUGCCAAUGUUUUGGCUGAUCGACCACUUCAUGGUGCUGUGAUGUUUCUUUUUUUUCUUUUUGUUUUUAAAGGAGUUUUAUCAUGUUUCUAUUUGCUGCACCACUCUCAAAAUCAUGUUUGAUACUAAAAGGAUUUACCGUCCAAAUUCUACUCCAGACCAGCAUCCAGAACAGCUCUUCCAAAACUGGAGUGCUAAAGUGGUAUAAACUCUAGCGCUUAAGAGAUUAGCAUAACAGCUGUGUUGGGAAUUACAAGUGAAAAUUGUUUCAACUUCAAAUGGCAUGAUUUAUAUUUUCAACAGUCAAACUGUUAAUGCUUUACCAUUCUCAUGUCUUCAGUUACUUCAUGUUCUCAAUGGAGGUCAGACUUCCAGUUCACAAAGUGGUUAUGAUCACUGAAGUCUUUUAAAAUGUCAGUAUAUACACUCCAGUAACCCAAAUAAACACAUCUGUACAGCUUCUUGCAGCUUCUACCAGGUUUUCCAUUUAAGGGGUUUAGUAUUUCCUUUUGUCUCAGUAUCUAUGGCACUUUCUCACCGAAUAACUUGCAUUCUGGAUUGGCCAACCAAAGAUUCAGAAAUUUGUGUUGGCAGUCUUAUUUGGUGUCAAGGGAAAGAUUUUUCUCCAGUUCAUAUAAAAAUAUUCUCUGCUCAUCCUCAGACUGCUUACCAUUUAGCUGAACCAUGGUCAGGUCACUGAACAAAAAGGACUUUUCCUUGCCUGGUGCAGUUUACCUUCAUUCCAUUUCCGUGUUUAUUAUUUGACCAUUUGUCCGAAUAUGUUCCUCUCUGGCCUGUCAAACUCUUGACUUUUCAGUUGUUGUAAAUCUACGUUUUAUAAAAGUUGGAUCUCUUGAUACAGUAUAUAAGUAAAAAAAAAAGCUUUUAUAUGUUUAAAACUGUUUUUAGUUUUUUUGUCCUACAAGCAAUACAUUUCUAUUUUUUUUGUUUUGUUUUGAAAGUAGUGUUUCUAUGUUUCAGUGUUCUCAGCCUCUUGUUUCUGAAACCGCCAUUUUGAGAUGAUGUCGUUUACCACUGCCACUGUGUGCAUGCACUGCCUUAGUUUACCAAAAAAGACAGCUGACUGACAGACAUAGCUUUACUCCUAAGGUCAUGCUUGCGCACUCACCCUUGGAAAACAGACGGUUGCCAGAUGGAACAGAGAUAAAAGCUGCAGAUAGACUGGAGUAGCUCUUUCCACUGGACCAGCCGUGCUCUCUGAUGCUAAACAACUGUAGGUCCUUUUUUUUUUUAAACACUUCUAUGUCUUGCUUAUGUGUUCAUGAUUUUGUUGGAUGUAUAUUAAAGUAUUUUGAAAAUG